AACAUCUUUCUGCACUAAUUUACAAAGUUGCAACAAUGGCAGCUGUUAAAGAUCUGCUUCUAGAAACACUGGAGGAUUUGAGUGAACAGGAUCUCAAGGAGUUCAAGUGGUUCCUGCAGUUCACUCGUUUUCAGAAUAGUCUUCCACAAAUCGAACUGAGAGAUGACAGAAAAAAAAUAGUGAAUGUGAUGGUUGACAAACUUGGUCAGCAGUCUGUAGAGGUCAUCAGGGAGGUUUUAACAGACAUGCAGAGAACUGAUCUGGUGCAGAGGCUGUCAGAGAGCAGCUCAGGACUCAAAGAGAAACACUCUGAGGAUGAACGUUGGCCUGCACUGAUCCACAAAGUAGAAACGAUGGAGUCUGUUAUUGAGCUGCUGCUGGAAACUCUGGAUGGUCUCAAUGAUCUUGACAUCAGCAGGUUCAUGUGGACACUGCGACAAACUGAUCAGAAACUUUUCUCAGACUUCUCAUUGAUGAUGACAGACCUGCAGGACACAGUGUUUCUGAUGUUGCAGACUUACGGCCAACAGUCAGUGGAGAAGACCAUGAAGGUCUUAAAGAAGAUGAAGAGGACUGAUCUGGCUCAGAGGCUGUCAGACUGCAGCUCACUGCCUCGAAAGAAACACUCUGUGGAUGAACGACGCUCUGCACUGAUCCACAAAGUGGCAACAAUGGCAGCUGUUAAACAUCUGCUUCUAGAAAAUUUAAAUGAUUUGAACAAUGGGGAGCUCAAAAAAUUUAAGAGUUUCCUGCAGUUGAUUACUCCUUGGAAGAAUCUGGCGCAUUCCUCAUGGAAGUUGAAUCCAUCAUCAAACAGAGCAGAUGUAGUGAAUCUAAUGGUGGAUAAACUUGGUCAGCAGUCUGUGGAGGUGACCAGAGAAGUUUUCAUGCACAUGAACAGAACUGAUCUGGUGCAGAAGUUAUCAGAGAGCAGCUCAGCAUCCAGAGAGAAACACUCUGUGGAUGAACAUGGAGCUGCACUGUUGAAGAGAGAAGAAGCACUGACAGUUGUUAAAAACAUUCUUGUAAAAAUACUGAAACAUUUGAAUCAAAAGGAUCGAGAGAAAUUUGAGCUGUUGCUGCAGUUCACGUGCUUCAAGACAGGCCUGCCACAAAUAAAGACAUAUACAAAAAUGAGAGAUGAACUAGUGCAUCAGAUGGUGGAGGAACUUGGUCAUCAGUCUGUGGAGGUGACCAGGGAGGUUUUAACAGACAUGAAGAGAACUGAUCUGGUGCAGAGGCUGUCAGAGAGCAGCUCAGGACUCAAAGCUGCAGGAUCAUCAGCUGAAGGAUUUGAUGUGGAGGAAACAGAGAAAGAGAAACACUCUGAGGAUGAACGUUGGCCUGCACUGAUCCACAAAGUAGAAACAAUGGAGUCUGUUAUUGAACUGCUUCGAGAAACUCUGGCUGCUCUGAAUGACCAGGAGCUCAGCAAAUUCAAGAAACAAAUUCAUCAUCAGAAAUCUGACUUUCCAUUGACACAGUACAUGAGGACAGACCUGCAGGACACAGUGUUUCUGAUGGUGCAGACUUACGGCCAACAGUCAGUGGAGAAGACCAUGGAGGUCUUAAAGGAGAUGAAGAGGACUGAUCUGGCUCAGAGGCUGUCAGACUGCAGCUCACUGCCUAGAAAGAAACACUCUGUGGAUGAACGACGCUCUGCACUGAUCCACAAAGUGGCAACAAUGGCAGCUGUUAAACAUCUGCUUUUAGAAACUUUGAGUGAUUUGAACGGCAAUGAGCUCGAGAAAUUCAAGAAAAUCCUGCAGUUGAUUUUUCCUUGGAAGAAUCUGUCAUAUAUCUCAUGGAUGUUUAAUCGAUCAUCAGACAGAGCAGAUGUAGUGAAUCUGUUGAUGGAUAAACUUGGUCAGCAGUCUGUGGAGGUGACCAGAGAAGUUUUCAUGUACAUGAACAGAACUGAUCUGGUGCAGAAGUUACCAGAGAGCAGCUCAGCAUCCAGAGAGAAACACUCUGUGGAUGAACAUGGAGCUGCACUGUUGAAGAGAGAAAAAGCACUGGAAGCUGUUGGACAGAUUCUCUUGGAAACGCUGAAUGAAUUCAGUCAAAAGGAUCUGGGUAAAUGUAUCCUGUUGCUGCCGUUCACGUGCUUUAAGAUGGGCCUGCCACAAAUACAGAUGUAUACAAACAAGGCAGAGAGACUUGUGGAUCUGAUUGUGGAUAAACUUGGUCAUCAGUCUGUGGAGGUGACCAUGGAGGUUUUAACAGACAUGAACAGACCUGAUCUGAUGCUGAGGCUGUCAGAGAGCAGCUCAGGACGAAAAACUGAAAGAAGUUCAGAGCUUGAAGGUUGUCAGAGCAUGACGCAGGACUCCAGUGAUUGGACUAAACUUGAACCUGAGGUGAACAGUACAGAUGCAGACGAGGCUCCAACUUACAGCCUUCAGUCUGCAGCAGGACACUUUGAAUGCAGAGUCUCGGGCUUGCGCUGGGUCUGUAAGGGAAAGACCAGCUUUCAGUACCAGUUUCGAUCUUGGGAGGGACACAUGGAGAGGAUGGAGAGCAGACAAUACAUGCCUGCAGGUCCUCUGAUGGACGUCACAGUCACUGCUGGGAAGUUAAAUGAAGUUCACCUGCCACACUGGAUCUGCAUCGAUGACAUUCCUGACAUAUUGAACAAGUUUGCAGUCGUUCACAUAGAUGACUGUGGAGAUGUUGUGGAAAAAGUGUCUGAGGUCACACCAACACAUGUCAAGUUAACUGAACCAAAUUUCUCGAUAAUAGCGGCUCUGAUACGUUUCAUAUUUCCUCCAAAAAUCAGCUGUUACAUGUUGAUGUACUAUCAACCCAACACAUCAUUCCUCAAACUCCACGUCUACCUGAUACGACAGGAUCCUGCUCUGGAACAGGAAAUUGCUGACAAAUAUCGUGAGAAAAAUGAUGAGACAAAAUCCGAUUUGAAAUUUCAAAAAAUCAUAAAGCAUCCCCCAGACCAGUACCUGCAAACUGAGCGUCUUUUCAGCCUCAAAGCCGACAACACAAGUGCAAAAAUUCAACCGGAGGAGUUAACCCUCAGAUACAAUAGGCAAAACUUCUAUGAGGUGUACGUUAAGAAUCCAGGCAGUGAACUCGUACUUACACUGGUGCACACUCACCCAGUUAAUGGUGAACCAGCUGAUGAGCCACUAUGGAAAUGUGAAAUUCGAGCAGAUGACCAUCCAGAGUCUGGUCAAGCCAAAGCUGCAGGAUCCUCAGUGGGAGCAGCUGCUGUCAGCUCUCUGUUGAGUGGCAAACACUUUGUGGAUAAACACAGAGUCCAGCUGAUCCAGAGGGUCAGCAACGUCGCACCUAUUUUAGAUGACCUUCUUGGCAGUGAUGUUAUCAGCCAAGAAAGUUAUAAUAGCAUUAUGGCUCUGCCUACCUCACAGGACAAGAUGAGGACACUCUACAGUCACCUAAAUACUGAAAGAUGCAAAGAUAUCUUCUAUAAAAUCCUUUUGAAAAAUGAGAAACAUCUAAUCAAUGAAUUCAGUGCAAAGUAAAACAUACAAUGUUGAAAAAAACACUUUAGACCAAAUGCACAUAAUCUACCUGAGCAUAGAUUCUGAUGGAAAUGUCAGUGUGCAAGGAUUUUAUAAAACGUUAUUUUACACUUAUAUUUGGUGAGAUGUUUAUGGUAUAUGGGGCCUUUUCUGAUCACUGAGCCUCUUAUCUCAUUCAGUUUCAAACUAGAAACAUCCCAAAAUGUUAAUGUAAAUGUGCUGUAUAUCAUGCAAAACAAUCACUGAAAAUACCAGAUUUCCUUCACCUAACAAAUAUCAAAAUCAUCACAACUAUACUUUUUGUGAAGAUUUAUUAUUUGUUAUAUUUGAAUAUGAAUUAAGUUUAAAUUGAAAAAUCUUCCUUCACUAAGAAUUUAUUUUGGUGCUUCAUUCAAAAUGUUUUGUAAUUUGAACUAUUAAAUAAAAUCUUCAUUUUUACCAUAA